UCAACGAUCACACACUGCGAACACACACAUACAUACACACACAUGAGUUUUGAAUUCACCGAUCGCGCCAACGCGGCGCUGGCCCAGGCCAUGCAGCUGGCUCGCGACAUGAGCCACGCCAAUCUCUUCCCAGUCCACCUCGCCCUGGCUCUUCUGACCGACGGAGGGACAUCUCAAGGCGCGUCUCGACCAGGCACACCAGCACCGGCACCGGCCUCGACCUCGUCAUCGCAGCCGUCGCUCUUCCGGAGCGUGCUGCAAAAGGCAGGCGCGGAUGCAUCGAAGCUCGAGACGGCGCUGAGAGCCGCCAUUCGGAAAAUCCCAUCGCAGAACCCACCGCCAGACGACGUGGGGCUUGCAUCCUCGACGAGCAAGGUGCUGAAGCGGGCCGAGGAGCUCAAGAAGCAACAACACGACGCCUACAUUGCACAAGACCACCUCCUUCUGGCGAUCAUUGACGACAACACGAUUCAGCCGCUGCUCAAGGAGGCUGGGCUUGCCAACACACAACUGCUUCAGACAGCAAUCACUCAGAGCCGAGGACAGAAGAGGAUCGACUCCAAGAGCGCAGAGGGAGGCUAUGAUGCACUCGCAAAAUACUGUGUCGACUUGACGAACCUGGCCGCCGAGGGGAAACUGGAUCCCGUCAUUGGACGAGACAGCGAAAUUCGACGAGUGAUUCGGGUCCUGUCGAGACGGCGCAAGAACUGCGCGUGCCUCGUCGGCGAGGCCGGUGUGGGCAAGACAGCCAUCGCAGAGGGGCUGGCGCAGAGGAUCAUCGAGCGGGACUGCCCGCCGAGCCUGUUUGGAAAACUCCUGUCGCUCGACUUGGGCGCCCUCAUGGCGGGAGCAUCGUACAAGGGAGAAUUCGAGGAGAGGGUCAAGAGCGUCAUCAAUGAGCUGGAAAAGGCGGCAGACGAGGGCACAACAAUCAUUCUCUUCAUCGACGAGAUGCACCUCAUUGUCGCUGGACGCGACUCGUCGGGCGGCAUGGAUGCAGGCAACCUCUUCAAGCCGGCCCUCGCGCGAGGCAAGAUCAAGGUCAUUGGCGCAACGACGCUCAACGAGUACAAGACGGCCAUCGAAAAGGAUGCUGCGCUCGACAGACGGUUCCAGAGCGUCUUUGUCAGCGAGCCAGACGAGAAUGCAACGCUGGCCAUCCUCCGUGGCGUUCGAGAAAAGUACGAAGUCCACGCGGGCGUUCGCAUCCUCGACGCUUCCCUCGUCUCAGCGGUGCAGCUUGCAAAGAGGUACCUGCCUUACCGACGCGCCCCGGACUCGGCCCUCGACAUCAUCGACGAGGCCUGCGCAGAGGUGUCCACGGACCGCGACACGAUGCCCGAGGAAAUCGACAAAUUACAACGGCAAAAGGUGCAACUGGAGGUGGCCAUCCACGCACUCGAGAGGGAAAAGGACGAGGCGAGCAAGGAGAGCCUCGAGGCGACACGAAAGGAGCUGGCCGCCAUCGAAGACGCAUUGGGCCCCAAGCUGGCCGAACACCAGGCCGAGAAGGAAAAGCACGACGAGCUGGCCAAUGCCCGCCGGCGGCUCGACGACCUUCGUGCAAAGGCAGACGCGGCCGAGCGGCGCUACGAUCUGGCCACCUCGGCCGACAUUCGCUACGGCGCCAUCCCAGACCUUGAGACGCGCAUCGCUGCACUGGAGCAAGAAGAGCGGCGCAAGGUCGAUCAGGGCCACAUAGACAGCAAGAGCACCGUCACACCCGAGGUCGUUGCCACCAUCGUGGCACGCUGGACCGGCGUGCCAGUCCGGUCGAUGCUCGAGUCGGAAAAGCAAAAGAUCCUCAAGCUCCCCAAGCUCCUGUCCAAGGAUGUUGUCGGUCAGCCAGAAGCCGUCUCGGCCAUCUCAAAGGCCAUUCAGAUGAACCGUGCCGGUCUGCACAACCCCAACCAGCCGGCUUCGUUCCUCUUCCUUGGCUCGAGUGGCUCAGGCAAGACGCUGUGCGCCAAGACGCUAGCGAAGACGCUCUUCAACGACGAAAAGGCGAUGGUUCGCAUCGACUCGUCCGAGUACAGCGAAAAGCACUCGAUCAGCCGCCUCUUUGGCUCACCGCCAGGUUACGUGGGACACGGCGAAGGAGGUCAGCUCGAGGCGGUUCGUCGCCGGCCAUAUUCGAUUGUCCUCGUGGACGAGAUCGAGAAGGGCGCGCGCGAGUACCUCCUCGCCUGGCUCCAGAUCCUUGACGACGGACGUGCCACCGACGGGCAAGGUCGCCUCAUCGACUUUUCUCAGACCAUCAUCAUCUUUACGUCAAACCUCGGAUCGCAGUUCAUCAAUGACGCCGAGGAGAACGACGAGCUGAGCAGCCAGACCCGCCAGCUGGUCGAGUCCUCGGUCGCUGCCGCGCUUCCUCCCGAGUUCCGCAACCGGAUUGGGUCGACGGUCAUCUUCCGCAAGCUGUCUCGCAGCGACGUGCGCAACAUUGUCGACCUGCGGGUCCGCGAAAUCGAGGACCGGGCCAAGAAGAACGGCAAACGGCUCAAGUUCCAGCUGUCGGCCGCUGCAAAGGACUUCCUCGCCUCGGUUGGGUACAGUCCCUCGAUGGGUGCUCGUCCACUUGCGCGCGCCAUCAACAACGAGGUCCUUGGGCCGCUGUCGAUUCUGCUCCUCCGGGGCCAGGUCAGGGACAAGGAGACGGUCCAGGUCGAAUUCGACGCGGUUGGCAACAAGCUCGUCGUCAUGCCAAACCACGCUGUCGAUGCCGCCUUUGCCGAGGGGGAGAUGGACAUCGAUGAAGACGACGACGAGACGAUGUCCGACGACGCAUUCAUCGACGGGGAGCCACUCGACUAAUUGUAAUGGGACCGGUAGCAAGCACAUCAGAGUCUUGCUACCCUUUUAUAUUGUACUGUACAUGAGAGA